UGUAACUAGAAGCCAUCUGAAUACUAAGCCAAGGCAGAAUGCUCAUGAAGUAGCAACUUAAGUGGCAGUGUUAUCCUGAAAUCCUCAGGCAGCCAGACCGUCUUAGGCAAACCUUGAUAAAACAGUCCUUAUCCAGGUUUUUAUCUAAGGAAUCCCGAGUAGACUGGAGAAUGGAGAGACAGCAAAGGUUCAUGUCAGAGAGGGACGAGUAUCAGUUUCAACAUCAGGGAGCGGUGGAGCUGCUUGUCUUUAAUUUUUUGCUCAUCCUUACCAUUUUGACAAUCUGGUUAUUUAAAAAUCAUCGAUUUCGCUUCUUGCAUGAAACCGGAGGAGCGAUGGUGUACGGCCUUGUAAUGGGAUUAAUUUUACGAUACGCUACAGCACCAACUGAUAUUGAAAGUGGAACUGUGUAUGAUUGUGGAAAACUGGUCUUCAGCCCUUCAACUCUGCUGAUUAAUAUCACUGACCAAGUUUAUGAAUAUAAAUACAAGAGAGAAAUAAGCCGGCAGAACAUCAGUCCUCAUCAAGGCAACGCUAUACUUGAAAAGAUGACAUUUGAUCCAGAAAUCUUCUUCAAUGUUUUACUGCCGCCAAUUAUAUUUCAUGCCGGAUAUAGCCUAAAGAAGAGACACUUUUUUCAGAACUUAGGAUCUAUUUUAACAUAUGCCUUCUUGGGAACUGCCAUCUCCUGUAUCGUCAUAGGGUUAAUUAUGUAUGGCUUUGUGAAGGCCAUGGUAUAUGCUGACCAGCUGAAAAAUGGAGACUUUCAUUUCACUGACUGUUUGUUUUUUGGUUCACUGAUGUCUGCUACAGAUCCAGUGACGGUGUUGGCCAUUUUCCAUGAACUGCAUGUCGACCCCGACCUGUACACACUCUUGUUUGGGGAGAGUGUGUUGAAUGAUGCAGUUGCCAUAGUCCUUACAUAUUCUAUAUCCAUUUACAGUCCCAAGGAGAAUCCGAAUGCAUUUGAUGCUGCAGCAUUCUUCCAGUCCGUGGGGAAUUUCCUGGGGAUCUUCGCCGGCUCAUUUGCAAUGGGGUCUGCGUAUGCUGUUGUCACGGCACUGUUGACCAAAUUUACCAAACUGUGUGAGUUCCCUAUGCUGGAAACGGGCCUGUUUUUCCUCCUGUCUUGGAGCGCCUUCCUGUCUGCCGAGGCCGCUGGCCUAACAGGGAUAGUUGCUGUUCUCUUCUGUGGAGUCACACAGGCACAUUAUACCUACAACAAUCUGUCGUUGGAUUCCAAAAUGAGGACUAAACAGUUGUUUGAAUUUAUGAACUUCUUGGCUGAGAACGUCAUCUUCUGUUACAUGGGCCUGGCGCUGUUCACGUUCCAGAAUCAUAUCUUUAAUGCUCUUUUCAUACUUGGAGCCUUUCUAGCAAUUUUUGUAGCCAGAGCAUGCAACAUAUAUCCCCUCUCCUUCCUCCUGAAUCUGGGCCGGAAACACAAGAUCCCCUGGAACUUUCAGCACAUAAUGAUGUUUUCAGGUUUGCGAGGAGCGAUAGCUUUUGCCUUAGCUAUUCGGAACACAGAAUCUCAGCCCAAGCAAAUGAUGUUUACCACCACUCUGCUCCUCGUGUUCUUCACAGUCUGGGUAUUCGGAGGAGGAACAACCCCCAUGCUGACUUGGCUUCAGAUCAGGGUUGGUGUGGACCCGGAUGAGGAUCAAAAGGAGCCCUCUUCACACCAGGAAGCAAACAACUCUGGCAAAAGCACGACGAAAACAGAGACUGCCUGGCUCUUCAGAAUGUGGUACAGCUUUGACCACAAUAAUUGCACAUCGUAAAUGUUGCGUGGAUCGAUCAAGAAAAUGAAAUAAAGCUGGCAACCCCCUUUGCCCAUGUGGUCUCGUGAGUGGCAAGUGGUUUUCAGUGUUUAAAGAUGUGGGAAUGUUUUCGCCUGUGCAGUUUCAACAAACUGCAACGCCCUCCAACGCCCCAGCAUCCCUCAGUGCUGGGUGCCUCAGCUAAGUAUAACCCAAUUUGUCUGGCUCAGACACUCAGAUACCUAUCACAGAACCUUCUGGCUAUAGCUUUGGGCAAGGGGACUUAGGUGUCACCGUCUCCCCUCGCUGCCUCCUGGCUUUUUUCAUCAGCCAGAGGUCCUUCCUGGAUGCCAUUGGAGGCCUUUUCUCUCCAUCCAGAUCCCAGGCUCCGUCUUCUCCAGGACCUUCCACAGCACAGGGCCGUGGGAUCACGUUCACUCUACCGGCACACAAUGAAUAUGCAUUUUAGCAUUACCCCAGGGAACCUUUAAACCCUGGGUUUAUUUUAGCUCUACCCAAGUGGGAAUUCUUCCAAUUAAGGAAGAUAAUAUAAAAGCCUAAAACCGGUACAGACAACAAGUGUUAUCGAGUCUCCUUGACCAAAGGACAAGCAACCCCCUGGGUCUUUAGUAUCUUAUGGUUCCUGACUCAUGAUCGCCACACGUGGUUUUAAACAAAUCUAGGUAAGAAAGGGACUAAGUGGCAUCUCUGUUCUCCUUGGAGGUGACAUGGAUGUUGCUUAGGGCCAGCCGUGUACCUACUCUAUGAGCUAAGCAGCGGAGAAAAGAGGAGUGGACCGCUGGGUUUUGUUUUCUCAGGCCGUACAGCAGUACAUCAAUUCUUGAAACACAAAGAAUGCUUUAUAGAGCUGAGCAGAAGAGAAUCUUCCCAGAUGGAGUGUGUUGCUGCUAGAGGCUCUCACCACCCAUCAGCCCUGUCAAGAUGAGCCAACUAUAUCUUUACAAAGAUCUAAUUUUAGAGAGAUCAGAGCUCGGUAAUGUGUGGCCAGUACAAUGGGAAUAAAAUGUGACUUCCAUUAGUUAGAUGACCAGAAGAUGUACUAUAACUUGUCUUUGCUGGGGCCUUACAGCUGAUGCGUUUUAAAUUUAAUUUAUUCUCAAAAAUUGAUUUUCUGUAUUUGAUUUGCCGCCUCUAUCAGGCUUUCUACGAAGACUGCCCAUGGUAUGGUCAUUAAUAACCCCAGGCUCUCUGAAAUUUCCUUGAGUAUCACACCUUGAGUUUAUUUGUUUCUAUGAAUUAGACUCUUAAUUCUCUAAUAAGAACAAAUCAAAAACCAAACAGUAUUUUAUGUUUAACUUCCCAGGUGCUGAAGGGCUAAUGGAAAUGGCACUGCCCACCAGCCUAUCAGCUACUCACUGUUGAGGGCUGUGAUAGAGUCCAAGGGCUGCUCUGACGUUCAUCUCCAAGAGUGUGGCUCUUUCCCCAGAGUAGAGUGAGGCUAGCCUGGCCGCCUCCGUCUCCGGCGACAUUGUACUUCCAGCUUUGCCGACAGUGCCAGGGCAUUUGUUCAGGACCAGUUAAAAUUCGUGACAAGCAGCCAGCAAGAAAGAAUUAUCUCUGUAAUGUAAGGGGAACCGUAGCCUCUAGAAGGACUGUCCAGUAGGGGGAAAGCAGGACUAACAGAGAUCUCUUUGGUCUUCAGCUGGAGAAACUUCUUUCCUUCAACCUAUUUAGAAUGACUCAUUUCCAUGGAGUUUUGUUUUAAAUUCUGAGUCCAUUUGUAGUGAUACUUGGUAAUCAAUUUUAAGUGGAAACAGCUGCUGUGUGUCACUCACACAGUUCCCCUUCAAACCCUGGAAAAGUAGAAUUCAAACCAUUCUCUCCUCACCCCCAAGUCGACGCAUCAUGCUCAUGCACAUGGCUCAGUCUGCUGGGUUCCUUACCUCUAUUCCCUGGGGCCAGCCCCUCUAUGGGGACAGGUCAGAAGGAGAAGGGCCAGCAAAAUGUGGGGAGAGGUAGGUGAGCAAGGGGAGUGUGGGGUCCUGACAACAUAUGGAAUAGAGCAGUCUGUGAUCUCAGCAGUAAGGAAGGAGGCAGCCAUGUUUCUCCUUUCGCUCGUCCAUGACAUAUUUAUUGAACAGCUACUAUAUGCUAACAAACUAUGCUACCUGCUCGGGAUGGAAAUGAGAAGAUGCAACUCCUGUUCUCAAGGAGCUCAUGGUCCCAUGGGGAGACAGGGGCUUAAAAAGUCAUAAUUCACAGAGUUAAGUCCCAUGAUGGAGGUGGGCACAAGGGCAGUGGGAGCUCCCAGGAGGGUUACUGAACUUACUCUCCACCCCUCCCGAGCACACCCACAUCUUCAGUCCCACAAAGCGGCAGGUCUGGCGGCGUGGUCAGCUCGGUGCAUUGUGAAGGCCAGCCUCCCAGGCAGGGCCAUUCUCCAGGACAGUCCAGGAGAGGAGAGACAUGCUGCCUUGCCUCUACCAAGAAUGGAAGAAAGGGAGAGACCCAAGUGUGCCCCCAAAAGCCAAGAGGUAAAAAGAGUGUGAACUUUCACUCCUUCAUUGCUCUCAGGACAUGAGUUUCUCCAUCUGUAGGAUGGGAAUAACACUGAGAACAUUUGGGGAGGAUUCAGGGAGAAAACAGAAGUAUUGGCAUUCUGGUGAGAGAGCAUGAAGAAUCUCACGGCAGGCGGCAAGCAGGUCCUGGCUGUAGCGGCUCUGGGUCUGAGCAUGGCUGUAGCUUAGAGUACUCUGCCAAUCCCAAACCAGCUGGGCCCUGGCUGUGUUUUGUGGAGCUAUGUCCCUAUGGCUACGAGGGGACCAAAAAAUUCAAAGAGAGACAGGGACAGGGAAUUCCCUGGUGGUCCAGUGGUUAGGAUUCUGCGCUUUCACCUGGGUUCGAUCCCUGACUGGGGAACUAAGAUCCCACAAGCCACGCGGUGUGGCCCAAAAAACAAAAAAAGAAGAGGCAGGGACAGGAUGUAACCUUGGGCAUGGAACCCUUCCCCAUCAUUGGGCCCCUGCCCUCCUGGAGUGUGUAGCCUUAGAAUCAGUAAGACGCUGAACUGCAGCUUUUCUAUUCGCUAUGGAACUGAGGCUCUAUUUCCUCAAGCACAAAGCUAGCACCAGCCAAAGCCACCUUGAAGAACCAUCCUGAGGAUUAACUGUGAGGGUCCAUGUGGUCCACAGUAGAAGAUCAAUUAAUUCUAGUUUUUAAGGUUUUUUUUAACCUCCUGACCCUUUGCGCUGUUUCCUAUGUAAUAUUAUUAGCUUUAUCGAAGUCUCACAAGACGAACUCGUUAGCUCUCUUGCCCAGAGAAUGACCUGAAAGAGGAUAUUUGAAAAAAGAGGAGGUAUAGUCUUAACAAGACCUUGUUCUCUGGGAUGGAGGAUUCACUGGGGAGCUCUCUGUGUCAGCAACAUAAGGCACGGGUUGUCACGGGGCACGAGAUGCCAUCUUGGUCUGAGCACUGAUCAGAGGUGAGAGGGGGAUAACGUCAGUCCCCAGAUGUCUGAUAUUAUUAGAAAACGGUAGCCAGCUGCACUGAAACAAGAUGCGACAUGAGGAACUCAGUUUCAAAAGUGAGAAGACCUUCUAGGAAGGUGGGGUUGCUACCCCAAGGAAUGAGUUGCCUGAAGGAAGGUGUAGAAUAUUACUUCUCUGCCAGCUGCGGAAAGCAGGGUAGGUUUUCAUCCACUAGAGAAAGGCAGGAUGAUAGAACAGAUGACUUCACUGGGUCCCACCUCAUCCUCAGGCCUGGUGAGCCAGGGUCCAGUCUGGAAAGCCCAUGCUUUUCCGCCCUGGUGUGACAUCAAGCAGCUAACCUGCUUCUCUCCUUUGGGGCAGAUUCAGAGAGAGUCAGAUGGAGGUUGGAGCAAAGAUUUGAGAGCAGCCUUUUUCCAGACAAAUGCUCGUGCUUCCGGAAACAGCACGGCCAGACAUUUUGU